ACACUUCAAUUUCGCACAACUCACCUUGUAAUUUACAUCAGAGUGUGUUGGAAUAUACCCAAAGAGAGCCAUGGAGUUUGAAAAUAUUGAAGACUACAGCGAGGUUUUGGUGGAGUCCGGAAACGCCACCGAAAUCCUCCAAAAUGGCUUCAAACUCUAUCCAAUCAAAGAGGUAAACAUGUUCAAGAAGUAUGCCUCAUGCUUGCACAUGGAUCCUACAAAGUUCAACAAGGGGACGACUACACUCGCCUUUAUCAUCAACUCCGGAGUCAUCAUUGCAGUGGAUAGCAGAGCGUCCAUGGGUUCAAUUAUCAGCACACAGAAUGUCUCAAAGGUGAUUGAGAUUAAUUCGUAUCUCCUGGGUACAAUGGCUGGUGGAGCUGCCGAUUGUUCCUACUGGGAACGGCACCUCGCCAAACUCUGCAGACUACACGAACUUCGCAAUCAGAGUCGGAUAUCUGUGGGAGCAGCAUCGCAGUUGUUGGCAAACAUUUUCUUUUACUUUAGAGGCUACGGUCUUUCUGCCGGUACGAUGAUCGCUGGACAUGACGCCAAGGGCCCACAUUUGUAUUAUGUAAGCAGUGAGGGUGAACGUCUCAAGGGUCGUUUGUUCAGCGUUGGAUCCGGUUCCCUAUUUGCAUAUGGUGUCAUUGAUCAGCAUUACAGGAGCGACAUGAGCUUGGAGGAAGCUGUUGAGUUGGCCACUCGUGCGAUAUACCAGGCUGCUCAUAGAGAUGGAUUCUCUGGCGGUGCUGUAAAUCUCUACCACGUUCACAAGGAUGGCUGGACCAAGUUGGUCGACCGCCGCGAUAUCGGGGAAUUGCAUUACGAGUACCUUGAGAAGGAUGGUCGCCAUCCAGAGUAA